AUGCACAAACUCCCAAGCAUAAAAUCAAACUGCCCGCCCGCCUUCGCCGCCGCGGGAGCAGUCCCCCGGGCGCGCGCGGCGCUGCCCCCGCAUCCCUGGCGACUCCUCGGGGAAGCCCUCCUGCGCUCCGGGGCCCGGGCGCCCCCGGGGCGCCCUCUCCGAGGGGACUGCGCCCCCGCCCCAGCCACCCGGUCACACAGGGCCGCGCCAGCGCUGGCGUCACAGCCUCCCGCCCGCAUCACGCUUCCACUCGACCCGGAGGCGCGGGACUUGGGACCCCCAGGACACAAGAGGCGCUGUGCUCCCUGCGGCGGCCCCUCCAGGGCGCCCAGGACUUCGCGCCCCGAGCCGGUCGACCAGGAUCCGCCGGAGCAGCCCCGGCCCCCUCCGCGCCCAGCAACUCGGCCCACCCGCGCGGGGGCGGCAUCCGCCCGGCGCACACGUGUGCGGAUUAUUAAGCAGCCGGGGCAGGGCAGCCGGCGUCUCGGCGCAGCAACCCCUGCUAAUUGCGGGGGAAGGGCGCGCGGAGCCCGCGGAACCGCGGGGAAGCGAGAGUGCGCUCGGAGGCUGAGCAGCCUGGCGAGGCCCCGCUGCGCUCGGAGCGCGGGGGUGCACACCUUCCGGGGCCAGUCCGGUUUGCCCUCGUCUGUUCUGGCUUCGCCCACGGUCCCCAGCCAGCCCAGCGCGCCCGGAGGCCGCAGCUCUCCCUCCUCGGCCCGCCGUCCUCCCUGGAGGCUCCACCUGAGUCUCCCUAGAGAGCUAGAACUUGCCGGGCCGGCUUGGCCCGGCCCACUUUCCCAGGCGUUCUGGGUCCGGGGAGAAAGUCCCGGAACCACCCGGGCCACCAAGACCCGCUGCUCCGGCAUCUCGGAGGAGGCAUCGCCGCCCGGCACCACGCAGCUUCACCAACUCGGGGUGGCUCCUUUCUCCCCCAACAGUCCCCGGCGGGCGCCGAGAAAAGAGAGGCAUUUCGUUUCAGCCCGAGUGAGGGGGAAGGAGGGCGGGGGUGGGGCGCGGGAGAUGAGGGUGGGCAAAGGGCGAUGCAAGCUGCCUGCCAGCAUCGCGAUCGCGGGGCGUCCGCGGUGGAGAGCCACCGGCGGAGGCCGGCCCCUCCGCACGCUGCCCGCCUCCGAACCGACCCCGGGCUCGCAAGCCGGGCCUCGGACGGUUCGCGCAUCGCCGGGCAGCCGGCGAGCCCGCCUUACCUUGAGCUGCAGUGAGGAGCCCCGCGCACAGCACCAGCAGCGCCAGAAGCAGCGACUCGAAUUUCCCCCACGCAGUCAUGUCUGCAGAUAUUCCACACGCGCACCACAGCGAUGGCUCUUCUCGGACGCGCCCGGCUCCUCCGAGGCACAGCAGGGCUACGGACGGAGCCAGAGAAUCACCCGAGGGCGAGGCGAGCUGGGGAGAGAUCCCGGUCCCCGGACCGGCCGCGCAUCCGACGCCUCCCGCAGGUCUGGGCGCCCGGCUCGCUUCGCUCUCAUAGCAUCGGGUCCCGAACCCACUGCAGGCAGGGCUGAGCUGCUCCAAGCGCCGACACCGGGCUGCCGGGCCGGGGCCGGGGACGAGCGCCCGCCCAGCCGGGCAGGAAGGCACCGAGGCUGCGAGGCUGCGGGAGGGGGCGAGGCGGAGAGAGGAGCGCGCGCCGCCGGAGAGACCCGGAGCGGAGGCAGCUGGAAAGGCAGCCAGCGAGUGGGAGCCGCGGGAGGGGGGGCAGGAGGCAGGGAGGGGGCGCAGGGGGAGGGAGGAGAGGCAGGCUCGAGAGGGAAGGCGGGGAGCGCGGAAGACAGGCUGCUCGCGGCACAAGGAGCCGCUGCCGUGGCGGCUGGACUCAACCAUCCCUUCCCACCGAGAGGGGAUGGAGCUGGGACGGCGCCAUCCCAGACCCGGCCCGGCCUCGGGCGCCAGGCUCCCCGCGCCGCGCCGCGCCGCGCUCUCCCGCGCUCUCCCCGCGCGCCGCCGCGCACAGGCUGGGGAGGGAGACUUGUUGGGCGUCGGGCGGGGGCCGCCCGCGUCCCCCACCGGGGCGAGGCCAAGCCAGCGGGCAGCUCGGCGACCUGGAGGGGUCCUGCGAGAGCAGAGGCUGGCCGCCAUCCGCCGAUCUCUCUUGGUGCCUGGCCGGGGAGAAGCCCCCCGGCGUAA